CCUGGCCUUGCUUGUAAUAGAUUUCCUCCAUGGGUUAUACUUUUGUUUGGUGCUUUCUGUUGCUUUGUGGGUUAUGGGGCUAUUUGGCUUGCUGUUAGCAGGACUGUCCCCAAUCUGCCUUAUUGGCUGUGGGAGGAUCAAACAGUAAAAGCUCUUCCACUGAGGUUAAAACGAGGUUUGAUCAAGUUAAACAAUCAUGAUAUAUGAUUAUUUCCCUUGUGGACAAGAUUGUUCAUCCGAAUCUUCGUAACUACGUGAGCUGCGUUAAAGUUCAAUGGAGUGGACAUACGGCAUUGGCUAACUAAUGAGGUCAAAUUGUCAACAGCAUUGGUAGUAUUUCAUUUUCUUUAUCCAUGGUCAAAGCUUUUCAUCUUUAGCACAGAAGAAGAUAUGGAUGAUAUGAUUGUUUAAUAGGUUUAGUGUCAAAAAUUUGAGCAACUUUAGCAGAAUUAGUUAUUUCAUCGGCAUGUAUCUAUAUUAAAAUGGCAGCCAUCAUUUUUUGAAAUAUUUGAAUGUAUAUGGUUAAAGUAAUGUUGUUAUCUUUUAAUAGCUUCCUUUGUCCAUUUUGAAAUUAAAGGUAACUGAGAUCAGAUGAUCUGAAUGAAAGUAAGCAAGCAUAUUGAUGCUGAUAUGCUCAUGCCAUCUCAUGUAACUCACAAGCGCAAUCAGUCAGAUGAAACUCCAUAUGUGUUCAAUGGAUAAGGUUGUAGUUGAUUACAAGAUGAAUCCUACUAUGGGUAUUCAUGCAACUUGGAACUCUGUCCUCCUUGAUUCCUUCAUCUACUUUUCAUCGUACUCUCCUACAUCCAAUCGAUUUUCCAUUUUGUGCUAUUAUCUACUAACUCUACUACUCCCUUCAAUUAUAUUUUCAUAUCUCCCAUGGUUGAUUGCUGAAUGUUUAUAGUUUUUUAGAAACUAGAGAAUUGAGACAGAAAUUGUAUCAGUAGCUAGGAGAAAAAAAAUAAGAAUACCUGAGUAAGUAGAGGAACUUGGAGACCCCAUUUAGAGCAAAUUCAAGCUUAAACUACCAAACAUUUGGAUGGGAUAUGACUGCUUACAUAUUCAUCCAUUUGCAAAACUUGAUUUCCUUCACUCUUUUCCUAGUCUUUGCAGCAAUUUUAUUAGCUUUGCUUCUUGAUCUUGUGUUAUUUCAUUUCUUCUCUAGUAAUGUUUGCUUCUUCAUUUAAAAAAAAAAAAAGGAAAAAAAAGAUAUAACUCACGUGCUUUAAACAUUUACUUCUGAAUGUCAUGGCAGCUAUGGCUCACACAUUGUAUUGCUACAAAUAGCAAUGCAUGGUUUGGAACAGCUGUGCUCGUAACCAACAUGAGGAACUUCCCUCUCAGCAGAGGUUCUGUUGCUGGCAUUCUUAAAGGUUAUGUUGGGCUUAGUGCCGCUGUAUACACGGUGAUAUACAGUAUGGUGCUCAGAAAGUCUGCUUUGAAUUUACUGUUGUUUCUUGCGAUUGGGAUACCCAUUUUGUGCUUAGCCUUGAUGUACUUUGUUCGACCUUGUACUCCGGCUUCAUCAGAGGAUCCAUCUGAGCGUUCUCAUUUUCUUUUCACGCAAGCUAGUUGUGUUUUGCUAGCUGUUUUUUUAGUCUCGACCACAAUUGUAGAUGCAACAACAACGCCUAGUGAUGCUGUUGCAUAUACCUUAGUUGCCAUAAUGGUUAUCUUUUUAAUGUCGCCUCUUGCAGUUCCCAUAAAAAUGACCAUUUGUGCAAAAACAAAAAAACUUGGCUCUCGAGUCGAUUCUGUAGAACCUUUGGCUUCUGGAGAAAGCGAUUCUUCCCAAAUUGAACCUUUAUUGACACCAUCUUCCUCAGCUACAAAUCUUGGAAGUUUCUAUGAGAAUGAUGAUGCAUCAGAUGUAGAAACACUUCUUGCUGUGGGAGAGGGGGCAAUACACAAGAAGAAAAGAAGACCUAAAAGAGGGGAGGAUUUCAAGCUUCGUGAGGCCGUAAUCAAAGCUGAUUUCUGGCUGCUUUGGUUCUUGUACUUCUUCGGGGUCGGUCCAGGAAUAACGGUUCUCAACAAUUUGUCUCAAAUUGGGAUUUCAUUAGGUGUUAAUGACACAACAUUGCUUUUGGCUCUUUUCAGCUUCUGCAAUUUUGUUGGUCGUCUAGGCUCCGGUGUUAUUUCUGAACACUUCGUCAGGUCAAGAAUGAUACCUCGCUCACUAUGGAUGAUGUUUGCACUUAUACUCAUGGCUAUAGCAUUCCUCCUAUAUGCGUCCGCCCUCACGGGUACUCUCUAUGUUGCCACUGGUUUGAUUGGAAUCAGCUAUGGAGUUCUAUAUUCUAUGAUGGUCCCUCUUGCGUCUGAGAUUUUCGGCCUAAAGAAUUUUGGAGUCAUCUUCAACUUCAUGCAGCUGGGGAAUCCAAUAGGAGCAGUCCUUUUCUCGGUUCUGCUUGCCAGUACUUUAUACGACAAGGAAGCUGCUAAGCAAGGUUCAAUAACCUGCAUAGGCCAACAGUGCUUCAGGAUGACUUUCUUCAUCCUUUCGGGCGUUGCUGGGUUAGGUUCGAUUGUGAGCAUGAUUCUAACUGUUAGAUUAAGGCCAGUCUAUCAAAUGCUCUACUCUGGUGGCUCGUUCCGCUUGCCUCAAAGUUCAGGUCAUUGACGUUUUGAAGAUGACUUGAAACAUAGUGCUAGAUUCGUCGGGGCAAUGCUUAACUAAAAGUUGAAAGAUGUGCAGCUUGUUUUUGCUGCUUAUCUCUUCACAAGUGAUAAAUUUUGUGUUACUUGAGGAUUCUCUUGGCUUUGGCCAACUUGUAUUCUGUGAGUUGGAAAAGUGAUGUGUAUUAGGCUUUUUCUUACGUAUGUUGUCUUUGUUGUUACCCUUGUGCAUUAAACACAAUGUCAAAUGCCUUUUUCUUUUAGGUAUAAUAUACAUCAGUAUGUUGUUUUAUUCAAUUUUAAAAAAAAAAAAAACACUAUUUAACUAUU